GUUUCUUGUAAAAACAAUGAUCGUUUACUGCACUAAACGGUGGGUCGUAAAACGGGCUGACGGAUUACGGCCCGUAAUAGCGCCGUUUUAUAUCGUUUACGACGCCGUUACGAACAUCCGGAAUGAUCGACUUGGGUAGUAAUUAAGUUCACCAGAGAUCUCAAUAUUCUUUAAACUUGUUAUGCUUUCAUAUUUAAUAGUUGAUAAAUGAUAACGUCAUAAAAAAAAAUAAUAGAGAUAUUCAAGUUUAAUAUUAAACUAAAUUAAUUGAGUCUCUAUUCACAAUUUUUUAAAGUUUUGACUUCUGUUUUAACUGAAGAUUUGUAGGGUAAGCUUUUUUUGUACUCGGCAGUUUGGCUAAAAAUAAUUUUCUCUCUCUUAUCCUACACUACCCUGCAAUGUACUUACCAUUAUCGUAACCGACACAUCUCUAGUUUUAACUAUAUGUCAUCUCAUAAAGAUUCUAGAUAAGAUAUGUUUUGAAUUUGAUAAUAAUUGUUUUUUAUAUUCAGCUGAAGAUCCAUCGGAUAAAUUUAUUGCAUUACGUGAUCUUGUUUCGCUUGAAUUAUGUCAUAAAUAUUUACCUGAUUUAUUCUCAAAAGAAUCAAUUCUAAAAACUAAUCGAUUAACAAAAGAAAUUAUUAAUAAAGCACAAAAUGUUUGUAAAUUAACUCAAUUUGAUGAAUAUCAUGAUCUUCAAUUAUCAAUGCCAGAGAUACGAAAAGCCUAUUUGGAUUGUCAAUAUCAACAUAUUCUUAAACAUUAUAAAAAUAUUCUUCGAACAUUUGAUAAAUAUCAUUUAAAUUUAUAUUUUAUUUCAAACAUUUUAUUUAAAUGA